AAAAAUCAGGCAACACAUUUUUAUUGUUGAUAAUGCUUUAAUUCUUUUCUCAGGUGUAAAGUUCAAGUUUGUAUUAUUAUUGGAAUGUUUAAACGAUCACUUUCAGCGAUGUCAAAAAACAUAGGAAGGCGUUUGGAUGGAAAAGUUUGUGUUGUAACAGCUUCAACAGAAGGAAUAGGAUUUGCUAUUGCAAAGAGGCUUGGAUCUGAAGGAGGUAAAAUUGUUGUUAGUUCGAGAAAACAAAAAAGCGUAGACAAUGCCGUUGAAGCUUUAAAAAGUCAUGGAGUCAAAGAUGUUAUUGGAACAUCAUGUCACGUUGGAAAUUCUGAAGACCGCAAAAGAUUGUUUCAAACAGCUAUUGAAACAUUUGGAAGGAUAGAUUGUUUAGUAAGCAAUGCAGCUGUUAAUCCUGAAGUUGGAUCAGUCACAGAAACAUCAGAAAAAGCAUGGGAUAAAAUAUUUGAUAUUAAUGUAAAGGCUGCUUAUUUACUCUCAAAGGAAGUUAAACCAUUUCUUCAAGACAGUAAUGGAGGAUCAAUAAUCUUUGUAAGUUCCAUUGGAGGAUAUCAACCUUUUGAUUUAUUAGGAGCAUACUCUGUAUCAAAAACUGCAUUGUUCGGAUUAACUAAAGCUUUGGCUUUAGAAGUUGUUAAUGACAAUAUCAGGGUAAACUGUGUAGCUCCAGGUGUGAUCGAAACGAAAUUUUCAUCGGCAUUAUAUGAAUCUGAAACUGCAAAAGAAACAACCAUUCAAAUGAUACCAAUGAAAAGAUUAGGCAAAGUUGAUGAAAUUGCUGGAGUAGUUGCAUUUUUAGCUUCAGACGAUGCUAGUUAUAUGACGGGAGAGACUAUAGCUGCUGCUGGCGGAAUGUUAUCAAGAUUGUGAGGAGUUUCAUUUUUGGAACUUAAAACUGAAUCCAUAAAACAAUCAUACAGUUGAUAAAUAUUAAAACGUGGUGGAAUGUUAAAGUUUAAUUUUUUAAUAAAGUGUGAAUAAAUAACAAGAAAAAUAAAGCAUUUAUUUUAUUAUCAUUAUUA